AUGGACGUAGUGACAACCCUCCUUGUCGGAAUCAGCGUCAUAGGGUGCACAGUGCAUCUCUCUACAGCGACGACUGGGCACCUCCGCAAUGACCACCGCAAGUUGCUGCAGCAGGAGCAGCAGCAGCGGCCGCCUCCGCAGUUGCGACGAAGCCUUACACAGUACCUUUCAAACGCUGGCAAUAAUAACGAUUUUCGUUACAGCAAAACUUAUGACGCCUGGAUGCUUGGUAGCAGGACCAGCCCACCACCACCCGCGUUGGCCUUCGGCCGCGCGCCCAUCAGCCCGCUCACGGCGGCUGUUGGGCUCACGAUAGCAGGCUUUGCCGCGGGUAUGCUCGUUAUAGCUCUGCUGCUUUGGAUCAAGAACGGCGUAGAAUGGGACUUCCGAUUCAAGGACCUAAUCAUGGUUAUGUUGGGCCGUCGUCGUCAAAUGCCGGUGGUCCCCUUUGACUCCCCGCCUCGCGACCCAUCCGUUGAUGCCGCGGGUGCAGCCACUGCUUUGGCCGCUGCCGCUACUGCCCCCUUACCCGCCGAGGGAGGGGACACGGGUGCGCCACCAGUGGUCGUGCGAAAUGCGCAGUUCGACAUUCCGGGACAAGGUUCUGCCAGAUCUGGUGCCGUGAGGUACUUCUUUUUUCGAGGCCUUUGGCUGAACCUUGGACCGGGCCUUGCAGCCGCAAACUGGGGUGCACCGCUGCUUCCAUUCGACUGGCCUGCAUGGAGCGACUCCCAGGGCAAUGCAGUGCAAUUGGCACGUCCGCCGGAACGAGAAGGUGAACGCGGUUGGUUCAUCGUGCGAACUCUGGGCACGGACGAAAAUGGUUGGCGAUACAGUACCGUCUUCUCCAAGCUCCACACGCCACGCCCGGGGGGUCGCGCCUCCAAGCGCUCUUCCGACUAUGUGCGGAGCCGCGUGUGGCGUAAGCUGACUGCGGAUGCCCAGCUCCCCCCGGCUCAAGGCCUUUUCCCUAAGCCCUGGACAGGAGCAUGUUCUCGGCGAGUCUGGUCCGGUCCGCUCAACGAGUGGUCCAACUUGUCAACAUGGCACGAGCUUUCCCGUGGACGCCGCAGGCAGCGGAACCCCACUCACAUCCCCUUUGACUUCGACCGCAGGGCAGCUGCUUCAUGGUUGAUUGACAUUCCUGCGCUGCGCUUCAUGGCGUCGGCAAUGGCCAACGCGGCCAACGCCAACACCCCCCCCCCACAUACAUAUAAGUGCUCUGAAGUCUCCGUACAAAGGUUGUCCUUGAUGCGUUGUCUUUGCACUCGUGACGGAUCACUUGUUUGGAAGGAAACAACUUGUGAUGUGUAUGUACGACAGGAUCUGGAGCUGCGGUCCCUUGGUAGCAGCCGCCCUCCCCCUCCCCCCUGGAGUACUGAGUCAGCGGUGGUGGGCUCUGGCGGUGACGGCGCCGACCUCGCUGCCGUCGCCGUACACCCCGACCCAACUAGCGGCGGGAAUUUGCCGGCAAUCGCGACCAUGGGUGCCGCUGGCGUGACGGCCGUCGCCGCCGCUGCCGCGGCGGAGGCGACGACCGCCAGCGGCGUCGCCAGGAGGCAGACGCGACUACAGCCUGAGGCGGAGCGGAUACUGCUCAGCGCCGUCGCCGCUGCCGGCAUCACCAGCGGCCGCCACCGUGGCGGCGCUGCUGGUGGAGGCGGAGGCGGCGCCGGAGCGCUCCCCAAGCCGAGCCUGUUUAAGCUCUGGCAGCUUUUUAUGGAGCUCUGGAAUGAUGCAUGUGCGCGGCACGGCAUGCGGCGGUUAGUUCCGUUGGAUCCGUUGGGGUUGUACGUUGCGGCGCGGCGGCAUCGGGAGCUUUUGGCGCGGCUGCGACUGGCUCAACUGGCUGCGGGGCGGCUGGUGGCGGCGGCGCCAGUUACUACUGAGGUGGAGCCGGACUUGCUUGAUGAGCAGCCGUACGGCAGCGGCGGCGGCGGCGGCAGCUUCGAUGACCCGGAGGACGUGCAGCGGGAGGCGCAGCAGCAGUCGGCGGCGGCGUUGGGGGAGCUCAGAGAGGCGCAGGCGGCGGGAGUGGAUUCGCGGCAGGCCGCGGCGGCAGCUGUGGCCGCCGCCGCCGCGGCGGCAGCGGCGGCGGCGGCACAGCAUCGCUCGCCAACCGUUGGCGAAACGCCGACGGGCGCAGCCAUCAUGCAGCCAGCAGCGCCGCAGGCCGUUACGCUACACGGCGGCGGCCGCGGCGGUGCUGGGCGCCGUACAGCGGCGAUUACUGGGCCACCUGGAAGCAACUACCCCGCCGCCGCCGCCUCCGGUGUCAACGCUGGCGGUGACACGGUGCUGUCCGCUGACCAGGGCCUUAUGCCAGAUCUGACCGAUCCCGCAACGCUGCUGACGGAGCUGGUGACGGCCACCAAUUACGCGCGCGCGGCGUACGGCUAUGUGAUGGCCGCGGGCCACCUGAACUCCCUGACCAAGCUGCUCACCAUGUUCGGCUCCUCGGCGCACUUCAACCCCAUCACGGGCGCCUCCGCGGAGGCGAAUCUGGAGGCCAUCCACCUGUUUACGGGCAUCCCCGUGCACGACGUGGUGAUGGCGGAGUGGCGCUCCUCCGUGUUCCGGCCCUGCCACUAUCUGGCAGUCGACCGGAGGAGGAGGAGACUGGUGCUGGCGAUACGGGGCUCACUGGAGCUAGCGGAUAUUGCAACUGACCUGACCGCCAGGCCUGUGGAGUACGACUUUGGCGGCGGGCUGGUGGGUCACGUGCACCAGGGCCUUAUGUCCGCGGCGUCGUACGUACAACUCAAUACGGCGGCGGCACUACAGUCGGCGGCGACACGGUUCCCCGGCUGGCCGCUGCUGGUGACGGGUAGGGGUCACUCCCUAGGUGCGGGAGUGGCGGCUCUGCUGACCCUCCUGCUGUUGCGCCGCGAACGGCCGAUGGCAGCCCCCGCUGCCGUACCUGUCGUACACUGCCUGGCCAUUGCCCCCCCUGCGGUGCUGUCUGCCAACCUGGCGGAGGCGGCUCGGGGGUGUUGUGUUUCGGUCGUGAACCAGGGCGACUUUGUGGCGAGGCUGUCGUGCUACUCUGUGGACCGGGCUCUUUUGGAGUUGGUGCAGGCCAGUCCUGCAGCCCAGAUGGCGGACAACCUGCUCCAGUCCACGGGCGCCACGUUGGCGGCCAUUCAGCAGAGGCUGGCGGCGAUCGGCGGCGCGGCGGCGGCCGGGGUAGGCAGCGGCCUGGGGGCCAGCGGCCUCGGAGGCGGCUUCCUGGGGGUGGCGUCGGGGCUGGCGCGCGGCGUCGGAGGUGUCGUACACUCGGUGGGAGAGCAGUCAGCGCCGAACCUUAGAGGGAUGGAGCUGGAGAUGGUGACGACGACCGCGAUUGGCCGAGGCGGCGGCGGCGGCGGCGGGGGCGGUGAUGGACCUCGAAUUCGCAAUGGCGCGGUGAUGCUACAGCCGCCGCCGCCUUCCAUUACGGCAGCAGCGGCAGACCCCGCCGCUCCAGCCGCCGCGUCCGUACAUCACCGCCAUCGACACUCCAACCCACAUUCCCAGCAUAGCUGGCACCAUCAAAUUCAGCAGCACCACCGUCCUCACAACCCGGAGCGUGAUCCGCAGUGGCAUGCGACGGCGGCGGGACUCGCUGCGGCGGCGGCCGCCGCCGCCGUCGGCGGAGUGUCGUACGCCUCACACGAGCACCCUCAGCCACUGCAGGGCCAACAUAUUCAAAGCCAGCACCUUCCGUCGACCCCUGCUAGGGACAUUCCCACACCUUCCCGUGGUGGCGACGGCGCUGGCGCCGGCGGCAGCGAUCUGUACGGCAUCACUACCUUCCAGUCGUCAAUGCAGGCUGCUAGCGGCCGUUAUGCAGCCCUCACGCCGCAGCCGACCCCGCCGCCGGAGAGUCUCAUCGAGGCCGUUGUUCCCGGCGUCGGGUCGGGUGGCUGGAGCCUUGACGCAGCGGCGCCGCCGCCGCCGCCGCCACCACCUCACCCGACUGUGGUUCCGGAGCUAGGUCCCCGGCGGAGCAGCGACCCGCUGGCGUUUCGUGGCCCGCUGCACCGGCAGGCCAAUGGCGUCUGGGAAGCCCUCAGCCAGAAGCUCAUGACCUCUUGGUUCGGGCAGGGCUUCUUUGCAAGCGAAGAGGAGGAAGACGAGGAGGCGGAGGAAGAGGACGACAGUGAUGGUGCUGACGCAGCGAGGCACGGCGGCGGCGGCGGUGGCAACGCUGGCGGUGGUUUUGGCGGCUGGUGGCUGGCAGCGAUGACGACUGUCGGAGGUGCGGCGGCGGCGGUGGCGGCUUCGCCGACGCCGACGCGGCCGCCGGCUGACGGCCUUGACGCGGCGAGCAGCAGCGGCAUGACUUCUUGUUGGCCUGGCUUAGAGGAGCCUCCAGGGCCACAUCGGCAUCCAGACGCCGUGGGGGCGGCCUUGCGCGGCAAAUACGGUGCAGUGACCCAUGGGUCGGAAUCGUGGGCCUGGGCGGAGGCCGCCGCUCCAGUCGCCGCCUCUGGCGCCGCCCCUGGGACAUCUGCCGGUGCACCGCCGCCAAGCUAUGGGAACCAGCAGCAACGGCAGCAGCCUGCGACGGCAACGGCGGCGGCGGCGGCGCCGGCGGCGGCGGAAGCCGAUUCCGUCUGGCCAAGCGGCAACGGCGCCGCCGCUGGCAGCGGACCCUCGGGUCAGCGACGGAUACUGCUUCACCGGCCAAGCCGCAGCAUGCCGGCGGACGAAUUACGGUACGCGGCGGCGGCGGCCGCGGCGGCGGCGACUGUUGGCGGCGGCGGGUAUGUAUUGCCCUCAGCCGGGGAGGGGGCAGCGGGGCCGGGGGCACCCGGCGGCUGUGAGUGGAGCAAGGUCGUCGAUCACGGCACAGGAGCCGCCGCCGCCGCCGCCGCGGCUUCCGUCGGCGGCGACUCCGGCGCGGCGGCAGAUGCAGCGGCCGCGCAAGCCGUACCACACUAUCUUCACUCCGUACAUAAGGAGCUGUACCCUCCGGGCCGGCUGUUAUGGAUGGUUGUAGACGACAUCGAGGCGUUGCCGCCGGUGGUACGGCAAAAGGUGCCGUCGUGCGGGUACCUUGGCCGGCACACCAACGCCACCGGUGGCAGCGACGGCAACGGCGGCGGAAGCCGUAACGGCAGCAGCGCUGGCGAUGUAGCCAUUCAAGAAGGCGGCGGCAGUGGCGGCGGCGCCACGGUUCCUGCCGCUCCAGGUGCUGCCGUCACCGGGCUGUCGGCAGCGCUACCCGUGGCGGAGGCGGCUGCAGCGACGGCGGCUGACGAGGACAGGGAAAGCCAUCACCGUCGCCAAAUCCUGCCACCGCCACCGCCGCUGCCGCCGCCGCAGCGGCAGCAGCAGCAGCAACCACAACAAGAUCGGCAGCAGGGGGACGCGGAGGCAAAGGAGAAGACCUACCGCCUCCCACAGGAUUCGUCUUUUGUGACUGACAUUAGGGGGCCCGUGGCGAUAGGACCCGAUGUGGCGGCGUCCUUAGCGGCCGAUGGGGACGAGGCCGGCGGCGGCAGGCCGACCGUAGCGGCGGCAGCGGCGGCGGCGUCGCCGUCGCCGUCACCGUCGCCUAGUGGCUUUUCUACUCCACCAAGCAAAGUCGCCGCCGCCGCGGCGCCACCCUCGCCUCUGGAAGUGUCUCGGGAGGGUCGUACGGAGCCAGCGGCGGCGGCAGCGGCGCUGGAUGCACAGGCGGGCCGUGGUGCUAGUGCUACUGCCUGCUCUAGGGACCGCGCGUCGUCGCCGGCAGUAGCACCGCCGGCGGAGGUGGAUACGCUGACGGCAGCGGGGCCAAAGCAGCGGCGGGUCAGCUUCUUCGGAAGUCAAGACGAGCCGCAAGUGCCGGAGACUGCCGCUGCAGCGUUGGAGGCGGCAGGAGCCAUGCCGCAGCGGGGCAGUAGCAACGGUAGCAGCAGUGGCGGCGGCGGCGGCGGUGGCGGCUUCUUCCGUCAACAACCCACGUCGAGCACUGGUGGCGACGACGACGGGCGGGCAAGUUCCUUGUCGUCCCCGUCUGCCCUUGACGCGUGUGCCGCCUCCAUCGCUGUGGCCGUUGCCGGCGGCAGCGGCAUCGCCGGCAGCAUUGGCGGCGGCGGCGGCGGCGCUGGCUCGGCCCCCUUCACGACGCGUGUACGGGAGAGCCUCAAGCGCAUCAAGUCCGGUGUCGAGACGAUGCUACGCCAGGCACCUUUGCCUGCCGUACCCUCCAUGCCUUUCUUGGCCGCGGUGCCGCCCGGCGGCGGCGGCGAUGGCUUUCCUGCCUCCGCCAAUUAUAAGCCCGGUGACGGCGGCGGCGACGGCGGCGGCGACUCGGAUGCAACAUUGUUCGGUUUCCAGUCCGCCGCCGCCGCGGCUGCUGCCGCUGGCCUGUCUCAGUUACAGGGUCAGGAACAGCAACAGGCAACGGCGGCGGCGGCAACGACCCAUGGGUCACAGAGCCAAGCCCAGGGUCAGUGGCUCUUCCUCGUAGAAGCCGACCGUGAAGUCUUCGAGCGGAUGAUCCUCAUUCCCGCGAGCGUUACGGACCACCUGCCGGACGCCUAUUUCCAGCGGUUGAGACAACUAGCCAAGGGCGGCGCAGCGGCUACAGCUGCUACUGCUGCAGCGGCAGCGAUGGCUGCGGCGGCGCCAGCUACAGCUGUCCAAGGCACUUCGUCGUUGCUGACAGGGGCACGGACCUCUCUAGCCGGGGGGGCAGGGGCCCGUGCUGGUCACCUCCCUGUAGUCGGCGGGGGCCCGGUGUGUGAGGUUUGGUUGCUGCUGGUGCUGGUGCUGCUGGUGCUGGUGCUGCUGGUGCUGGUGCUGCUGGUGCUGGUGCUGCUGGUGCUGGUGCUGGUGCUGGUGCUGCUGAUGAUACCCGGCGUAGAGUCUGCUACUGCCGCCGACCCGCUGCCACUGCGGCGCUGUCAGUCUGGCCUUCUUCCUAGGUUGCGAGUUUGUUGGGGCGGGUAUCCACAUUGGAGUCAGUCACGGUUUGGUAACCCGGUUAUGUCGUCACCGGGCCCUGCGUAUUCUGAACUUAAUGGUAAUGGUAAUAGUGGUGGUGGUGGUGGUGAUUCCCUUCGCCCUUACGCUGAUGCCGUAUAUCAGUCAGUUUGGACAGCGCAGGAGGAGAAAUGGGAGGAGGAGAAGGAGGAGGAGGAUGCUCCCUACGGCAACAGUAAUAACGGAAAUCGAAGCCCACUUCUUAGUCCAACCUUACUCGGUGGCUUUUCUCUCGGCGCGAUCAAGGUUCAACACCAACAACAAACGCCCCUGCAACACCACAUUUCAGACGAUGCUCUCAGUCGCUGCAUAAACAGCCCUCCUAGCAAGCUUCUCCAUCUUACCGCAACCACCACAACCACCACAACCGCCGCAACCACCGCAACCAAAGUAGCUAUCGCAGACUCCCCCCGAAGGAUUGAAGCGGCGACGUAUGGGGAUGGGCCAACAGGCACGCAACGGCAGCAGCUUGCCAGCUUGUACGGCACCAAUCGCAAAACUGAAGCAGAUCCGCACCUUGCAGUUGCCUCCUCUUCCUUCUUCAGCUGCCUCUCGGGACGGGAUAACCUAGUGGACCGCUGCGGGGCGCCGCCUCCGCCGCCUCAACAGCCCCCACAUCUGCGACAUCCACUGCUCCCAAACCAUUUAACUUUGCACCCUAACGGCAAGACGGCUGCUGCAGUAGAUAUGGCGGCUUCGGCGGCGGCGGCCAUGUCGACCAUGUCAGCCUCCGCGGGUUCGACGCAGGCCCCGCCGCCGUCACCAGAACAAUGGUUGAAUGCUUGGGAACCCAUCGCGCCGACCUCCGCACGAUGCAGCGAGUCCGAUAGCUUCGUGCAAAUAGGCCGCAUGCAAGGUAGGGGCUUGCAAUCGCCGCUGCAGCCGUCGCUGCAACAGGCCCCUCUCUGCUUCGCGUCCAUUCAGGAGAAUAAAGAGCUUGAUCAGGCAACAUGCGCCAUCCUGUCGCCCGGUACGACACCCCGAACCGGCAGCCCCGUAGAUCCCCUGUGGCUUUCUGCCAAAACCGAGCGGCGGCUCAUGCCUGCACAGCAGUACGACAGGCCAUCCACAGCACGCCGCCUCGCGUACCAGGCUCCAGAGAUGGCGGCUGCCGUACGAGCUGCUGCUGCUGCCGGCGGAAACAUUGUCUCAAACGCUGCCAUAGCCACCAUUGCUUGCGGUGGAGUAGGAUGCGAGGGAAGGAUUCGAGCUGGGAUGUUGGCGGCGGCAGCGCUGCAAGCAAAUGGCACAUGCAGCAGGGGUGGCGGCGGCAUUGCAAGUUCGGAUGCCGUACGACAUGCUGGCUCGAACCCAUUGGCAGUGGCGGUAGCGCGGCACAUUGCUGUGAAUGACGAGAACUAUACCUUGAUGCAUUCCGCCCUGCUACUGCUUUUAACCUCCUGCUGCAGCUGCUGCUACUGCCAUACCUGCUACUGCUGUUCUUUGCCACACAAGCUCCCUGCGCACAUUUUGCCAUUUCUUUGCCAUUUUGUUGCCAUAUUCAGGAGGUUAUACAAGGGCUCCACUUCCGCUGUUUACAAGGCGGUUUGCCGACAGAGCGGCGUGCAAGUGGCACUCAAGGUUUACUUCCUGAACCGAGUUCCAGGUGCCGUACUGCACAUGAUCUGUCGCGAGAUCGAGAUCCACGCCGCGUUGGCGCACCCCAACAUCAUAAUGCUCUACGCGGCUUUCCGGUCCAAUCGGCAUCUGACGCUGGUUCUGGAGUAUGCAUCACGUGGCGAUCUGUACGGCAUUCAACAGGCCUGCUGUAACCGCCGUAUGGACGAGCGACAAGCUGCGGAGACAGAGGGUUCAGAAAUCGCCACCAAUCCAGCGUGCAAAUCUCAAUCAAUUAACUGUGAUCUCAACUUCACAGCUCAGAUAAUCCCACGCUCCCGACAACGUCGGGGGUCUCCCCAGGAAUCAAGCCCAGGAACUUUAUUUGUGUAA